ACCGGUCGUAAUCUUAGUGUCGUUUUAACUUUUUGUAGUACGGAAAGUCGAUACUUUUUACGAAAUUCAUACCGGCAACACUUUUCAUGAAUAAACAAAACAAUGUAUUGUCAAGUUUUGUUUGUUGGUUUGUACCAAAGAGUACAAUAAUAUAUACGGACGUUUGUACUUUAAACUCAUCAGUGUGCACUGUGCACUUGUAAUACUUAGUGUGCAAACUUUGAUGUUUGAGGUGAAAAACGAUGAUGGCACUAACAGGAAUAAAAGUUUUGGAAGUAAUGGGUCUCGCACCUGGCCCACUAUGUGGAACAAUCUUGGCUGAUUUUGGAGCCAGCGUUACUGUUGUUCAAAAGACAGAACCAUUUCCAUUCGAUGUGAUGUCUCGCGGGAAGAGAAUGAUAUCCAUUAAUCUAAAAUCAAAAGAAGGUGUACACAUUUUCAAAAAAUUGUCUGCAUCUUCAGACGUCGUUUUGGAUACAUUCCGGCCUGGAGUUAUGGAAAAAUUAGAAUUAGGGCCUGAACAACUAUUGAAGCAAAAUCCUCGUCUUAUUUAUGCUAGACUCACGGGAUAUGGACAAAGUGGAUUCUGUAAAAAUAUGGCUGGUCAUGAUAUUAAUUACGUAGCAAUGUCAGGAGUUCUUUCAUUGUUAAGCAAAAAUCAAGAGCCCCCAAUACCCCCAAUUAACCUUCUGGCGGACUUUGCUGGCGGUAGUGCAAUGUGUGUUCUCGGUAUUUUAUUAGCCCUCUUUGAAAGGACAAAAUCAGGCAAAGGACAGGUAUUGGAUGCAAGUAUGACAGAAGGAUUAUCAUAUGUAGCCACUUGGUUAUUCAAAUCAAGGGAUCUGCCAAUCUGGUUGGGAGAAGCAGGAACUAAUGUGUUGGAUGGUGGAGUACCUUUUUAUAAUACAUAUAAAACUAAUGAUGGAAAAUUUAUGGCCGUUGGUGCUUUGGAACCACAGUUCUACUCGAACUUUUUAAAAGGAUUACAAUUAUGUGAAACUGAAUAUAGCCAAAUAGGUGAUCACGAAAAAUGCAAAAAAAAGUUUGCAGAAGUAUUUUUAUCAAAAACCCAAGAAGAAUGGUGCCAAAUAUUUGAUAAUUUAGAUGCAUGUGUUACUCCAGUUUUAGACUUUGAUUCUGUUGACAAAUAUAAAUACCAUACAUUUAGGAAAUCUUAUAAUAGAGAUAAUGAUGGCAAAAUUGUGCCAGAACCAGCACCACGGCUAUCCCGUACUCCUGGCAAAUCUGUAGGAUGUGAAAGUAAAUCAAAAGCAGGUCAACACACAAUAGAAAUAUUAAAGGAAUUGGGAUAUGAAGAUAAUAAAAUAGAAGAAUUCAUUAAAAAGGGUCAUGUCUAUGUUAACAAAAAGGCACAACUAUAGAAAAACACGACGAAAAACAAUGUUUAUUCCAAAACAUUGAUAAUCGCAUUUUUUAAGUUCAUGAAAUCACAUUUAACUGAUGAUAAAGAAGUUUUGUUGUAUAAUAACAUAGGGUCAAUAUUUAUUAAAUUUAAUACAUUAAAUAUUUUUUUUAAAUCAAA